UCCUUUAAUAAUCACUUGGACUCGCGCACCUGAACGCAUCUCACGAAUACUUUACUCUUUUCUUAAACGUAAACGUAUACGUAGUACGAGUACGAGUACGACAACAUUUUUAUCGUAUCUAUACACGUUACCUACCAACAAGUACCUCCACCUACCUACCUUACCAUCAUACCUGCAUAUAACUCUCUGUUCGAGUACCUACGAGUAUUUUAACUGUUGAACGAGACUACGUAUAUCACCGUUACCUAUCCUACACUUACUUAUCAGAUACUUACUCCCUCACUUACUUACUUACACCGAACUAUACUAACCAAUAUCGCGACUGCAUAACUUUUCCAUACUUAUAUAGUGAACUAUCACCGCAGGCGACUCAAACUGUGUCUGCUUGCGCGAGUAGGGAGUUGCGAGUAACAAGUAACGAGUACCUACGUAAUACAGAGGCUAUCAUAUUUACGCACGUGUACGGAUACGAAUUCGAAUUCGAGUACGAAAACACCAGCCAUAUACUUAGGUAUACGAGUAAAAAUUAGUUAGUGAUUCGGAUUUGGAUUUCAUCGUCGUCAUCGUCGUCGUCUUAUUCGUCGUCGUCCGUCGUGUAUCAGUAGCUUUAGUUCCAGCCUAGCUGUAGCUGUAGCUGUUCAUGAUCGGCCGUCAAUCGCUGCAUCAAUAACGAACUUGAACAAAAAAUGACGCAUCCAUCCAGUAGCGUGUUGAAACUGGCAGUAUUAGUGUUGAUCGCCAUGCUCGCCUUCGAAGCAAUCGGAUUCAUCCACUGCAGCAAAUAUUACGGCAGACAUACGGGCUUUCAGUUUAGAGAGAAACCUCGGGCCACCAGAGGUUUCAAAAGCGUCGCUUUAUCAACCGCUCGAGGUUUCGGUAAACGCGAUCCUUCUUUCAAAGUAGCCCUGCCCGAUUUAGAAUCGCCGCCGUUCAACGCGCCCAGAUUCGCCCAGAAAGACAGUUUUCCAGUCGACUGGCUCAUCGGAGAAAUGCAAAAUGACCCGGAAUUGAUGCGAACGCUUAUUAAAAAAUUCAUCGAUACCAACCAGGAUGACGAAAUAUCAGCCGAAGAACUAAUCCGGCCCGAUAUCAGAGUGAUGAAGCCUUCGAACACGAAUAAUUUCAAUUUCGAAGACGAACAAUAACGUUUAAUUACCUAUUAGUUACGAAAAAAAGUCAACUUACCUACCCAUCUAUGUUAUACAGUAUAUUCUUAUAAUUUACCUCUUUACCUACCUUAUUAUUACGUAGUUUUUUUUCUCAUAUCUAUCUUUUCAUUUGUUUGUUUGUUUUCCUACCAUUUAUCGCGUUCUCUUUCCAUUUUUAUUUUUAUUUUUCAUUCCUUUCAUUUUCUUGUUUUUGGUUUUGUUUUAUUUCAUUUUUUUUUUUUUCUUGUAAAUAAUGAUACAAUAAUGAUAAUGAAAUUAUAAUUACUUUACGUACCUACGAUAAUAUUAAAAACAAACACAACUCCAAAAUGUAAGACAAAAAAAAUUGGCAAAAAAAUUGAAAUUGUUCGACACUAAUUUCAUGUCGUAAUUCAUUAUAAAUAUAAUGAUUUCGCGAAACGUUAAA